UACUGCGUCGAGUUCAAAGGUUGACAGCGCUUUGGGCGUCGGCUGGUCGGUUGGUGACCGCGGGCGACUGGCCAGACCACCCGUAGCCCCUGGGCGCAGCACAUCACCAGCCGCGCCCAAGCGGGGAGCUUUGUGCGGAAGAGAGGUCCUUAGUGGAGCAUUGUGACAAGCCCCGUUCUUCUGGCUUGUGACCGAGGAAGACGAUCAGCCGCCCUGCCCUGACUGUCUUAGAAUGACACGUUCAGUGGAUUGUCCACCAAGCCAGCAGCGGGCAACGGAGACAUCUUUUGCGGAAGGUGAGGUCACUUCGGCUGAAGAUGCCGGGAGGGAGGUUGAAAAAGAAGAUGACGCCCAGGAUAACCACGAUGGCCUAACCGGCUGUCAGCUGUUGCGUCAGGUGUUUGCCGGGGUGAUGGUGGCCAUGAUCAGCAUAUCGGUCAGCUCCAGUAGCGCCGCUGCCUCCAUGCUGCCUCAGCUAAUGUCCAACGAAUCGGAUAUCACUCUGACGACGCUGCAGGGCACCUGGUUUGCCACCGCUCACACUCUGUCCGGCACCGUGGGCCUAACGCUGGGCGGCACGGCGGUUCACCACCUGGGACCUCGGAGGGUGCUGCUGCUGCAGGCCCUGCCGACCAUCGCCGGGUGGCUGAUGCAGGCCCUCGCUAACGGAUUCCCCAUGCUUCUCAUUGGACGCUGUCUGGUUGGCGCCUGCACCGGACUCUCAUUGGGCGCAGGGCAGGUGUACCGUGGCGAGAUGGCGUCCCCGCAGAUCCGGGGACGACUGGUCUGUCUCGGAGGGCUGUUCUCUAACAUCGCGAGCGUCCUCUGCUUUGUGGUCGGCUACCUCCUGCCGUGGCGCUGGGUGCCGGCCACCUUCCUCAUCGUGUUUCUGGUGCCCAGCGCGCUGGGAAUGCUGCUGGUACCUGAGUCGCCCUACUGGCUGAUGGGCAAACAGAGGCCCGAAGACGCCCGACGCAGUCUGCUGACGCUGCGGGGAGACCCGGCAGUGGCCGAGAGGGACCUUGCGAUCAUCACCGAAUCCUGCAAGAGUCGCCAGAAGGCGCUGACACCUCGCGAACUGGCGAGGGAGAUGAAGAAGCCCUCGGUGCUGGCACCGUUCCUCACUGUCACUGCGCUGUUCUUUGUCCGGACGAUGGCCGGGAUCAUAACCGUGCUGACGUACAUGGUGGUGAUCUUCCGAGAAACGGGCUCGGCACUGGACGCCUACCAGUCGUCCAUCUUGCUCGGCUGUGUGCGGAUGUUCAACUCCGUGUGCAGUGCGUUGUACGUCAGUGACCGCUUCGGCAGACGUCCGCUUCUGAUGCUCUCUGGGAUUGGAUGUGCGGCAACUACUCUGUGCAUGGCGGUGUUUCUAUUCUGCAGAGACGCGAUGCCGGACUGGGCUGGAUGGCAGCAGAUCUCGUGGGUGCCUCUGCCACUUAUCCUUAUGUACAUCGUCUUCUUCGACUUCGGAUUCGCCCGCACGGGCUGGAUUGUGCACGCGGAGCUUCUCCCGAACCGUGUGCGCUCGGGACUAUCACUCUUCAUAGUCCUCGUCCAUUUCAUCAGCGCCUUUAUAUCUGUUCUGACAUUUCCCUACAUACGGGAGGCGUUCGGGCUUGGGGGAGUUUUCUGCACAUUUGCCUUCUUCAGCUUCAUUGGUCUCCUGAUAACUAUCUUCUGUAUUCCGGAAACAAAGAACAAAAGGUUAGAAACAAUUGAGGCAUUUUACACACAGCGUUUUGGCGGGCACCAGCAUAAAGGCAAGGGAUAGACAGCGAACUUAGCUCGAUUUAGGCCGUUAUAGUCGUAAGAGUGAUCGUGUGGUUGCGAUGCGGUUGUGUCCUGCGCUCCAUGCAUUGUUACCCAGUUUGCGCGGUGAAACUCUGAAUCAGUGUUUAUUGAAAAGGGCUGGAAAAGUAGUUUAAGCCUUAGGUUGUGCUACGUUGUAGGUAUAUACGCGCCAGGUUGUACGACGUUGCCAAAACCACUACAACAAUAUGCUUCCAAGUCCCAGUUCACAGUUGGCACAACGAAAUCACACCUCACAAAAAGUGAGGUGUGAUUUCGGCAAUAUUCGAUUAUAGUGGUGUAUUUGAGACAAAACAUAAGAUUUAAAUUUGUGCACAUUAACAACAUAUUUUGACUAAUACAUUGCUCAAAUAAU